UAUACUCUCCCAAUCUACCAGCAAGUCUGGUACCUGAUUUUCAUUGACGGUCUCCCACUGUUCAAGCCAUCAUCAUGCGUUUCCAACCUCCUCCAGGCUACCAGCCCAUCUACAACCCUCUUGUCCCAUAUUCAGGGCCCAUCUACGGUGGUUUGAAGCUGGGGAUGUCUCUGUACAUCCAGGGAACAGUUGGCAAUAUCGCCAAUCGUUUCUCCAUCAACCUGCUGACUGGGCCACCAGGAACGACUGACUACGUCUUACACUUCAACCCUCGGUUGAGGCACGGAAACGUGGUGGUGAUGAACACCACGAAGGAUGGCUCUUGGCAAUCCGAGGAGAGGCCCAGUGAGAUGCCCUUCCGUGAGGGGGAGAGCUUUCAGCUGCUCAUUACCGUCGUCUCAGAGGGCUACCAGAUCAAAGUAAACGGUAGUGACUUUUACCUGUUCAAGCACCGUCUGCCUGUGGAGCGAGUGAGUGCCCUAUCCAUUGGUGGAGAAGUCUCUGUGCACAUGAUCAACAUCAUCGGGGGAGGAAUUGGGCACAUCCUGGGAUAUCCAGGUCUAGGACAGGCGGUGGCCAUCCCUUACGUGGCACCCAUAUAUGGUGGUUUGAGGCCAGGGAUGUCUGUGCACAUUUCGGGAGUGAUUCCCUGUGACGUCACCAGGUUCCACGUCAGCCUGCAGACGUCGGAGGCGAAAUGCGGUGACAAAGCCUUGUACAUCAACCCCCGGUUCAGACCAGCUGAGUUGGUGGUUUUCAGCACCUUCAAGAAUGGCAUAUUCGAGGGUCAGGAGAAGGUCACUGAUAAGCCCUUCACUCUGGGGGGGGGAUUUCAGCUGGUCAUCGUUGUCACCAAAGAGUGCUACCAGGUGCACAUAAACGAUCACGCCUACACGUUCAAUCAUCGCAUCCCGUUGACGAGCGUGCUGGCCCUGGGGAUCGGUGGGGACGUGUUUGUGGAGUCCAUCAACAUCAUGGGGGGAGAACAAGGAGCAAUGAUACGGCCAGGUCCAGGAUAUGUUGGGGCUGGCUCAUAUACGCAGUCCAUCCCUGGUGGUUUGAAGGCGGGAAUGUCUCUGUACUUGCGGGGAACCAUUCCCUCUGAAGACAUCAACAGUUUUCAAAUAAACCUAGAGGGUGGGGGUGAUGUUGCCAUUCAAGUCAACCCCCAAUUCAGCGGCUGGAGAGGUGUGGUGUUCAAGACCCGUGACAAUGGCGAAUGGCAAGCGGAGGAGAAGGUCAAUGCGAUGCCCUUCCGUAAGGGGGAGAGCUUUGAGCUGGUCUUCAAUGUCACCUCAGAGGGCUACCAGGUGAACGUUGAUGGUCGUGAGCUCCACAUGUACAAGCACCGCGUACCACUGGAGCAGGUGACUGACCUGGUCAUUGGUGGGGAAGUCUCUGUGCAGAGCAUCAGCAUCAUCCCGGAUGAAGAAGACAAACUGGAGAUUCCAGAAUAUGACCAAGGACUCAUACAGGAGUACCCAGCUCCAGGAGACGUGAGCAGCUCCGCAUAUUCCCAGGCCAUCGAAGGUGGUUUGGGGCCGGGAAUGUCACUGUACUUUGAAGGAACGGUUCACACUGACUCCGAUAGGUUCCACAUAAACCUGGAGGGUGGGGGUGACAUACUCCUUCACUUCAACCCUCGAUUCAAGAACUGGAAUUUGGUGGUGUUCAACAGCCAUGAGAGUGGCGGAUGGCAAUCAGAAGAGAGGCCCUCUGGGAUGCCCUUCCGUGAAGGGGAGGACUUUCAGCUGGUCUUCAAUGUGACCACAGAGGGCUACCAGGUGAUUGUUAACGGGUCAGUGUUGCACGUGUUCAAGCACCGCGUACCGGUGGACCAUGUGACCUCCGUGGUGGUUGCUGGGUGCGUCUCUGUGCACUCCAUCAUCAUCAAGAAGGAACAAGGACUCAUACAGGAGUUUCCAGCUCCAGGAGAUGUGAGCAGUGACACAUAUGAGAAGCCCAUCGAAGGUGGUUUGAAGCCGGGGAUGUUGCUGUACAUGCGGGGAACCGUUUCCGCCGACAAUCCCAACAGGUUCCAUAUAAACCUGGUGGCUGGGGAUGACCUUCCCCUUCACUUCAACCCUCGAUUCCGUGGCUGGCAAAUGGUGGUGUUCAACACCUACAAGAAUGGAUGGCAGUCAGAAGAGAGGCCCUCUGAGAUGCCCUUCAGUGUGGGGGGGGCCUUUGACCUGAUCUUCAACGUGACCUUAAAGGGCUACCAGGUGAUCGUUAACGGUUGCGUGCUUCACAUGUACAAGCACCGCAUCCCGGUCGACCGUGUGACCGCCCUGGCGAUUGGUGGAGACGUCUCUGUUGAGUCCCUCGUCAUAAUCAGGGGCAGUGGGGUCAGUGAGGGAAGUGGAGGAUCGGGGUACAAUUGGAGAUUCCUGCCGAUGAUGGGCACACAACCAAUCUACAACCCACCCAUUCCCUACACCAGGAUGAUCCCAGGAGGACUGACUCCAAAGAAGACCAUUGCUUUAAGUGGCAGAGUGCUACCUGAUGCCGACAGGUUUGCAAUUAACUUCAAUGUGAGCAGCAGUGGGGACCUCGCCUUCCAUUUUAACCCGCGGAUGAACGAUGGGUCAGUGGUGCGGAACAGCUACCUGCGUGGAAACUGGGGGAGUGAGGAAAGAGAUGUCAAAUUCAACCCCUUCCAGAGGGGGCGGUACUUUCAGAUCUUGAUUCGCUGUGGGAAGCAGCAGUUUAUGGUCUUUGUGAACGGGAAGCACAUGUUCAACUAUUACCACCGGUUCCAGCCGUUCACUCAGAUCGACAGCCUGCACAUCAGUGGGGACGUGCAGCUGUUCCACAUGCUUAUGUGAGGCUUGCUGUUCUGAUGUCACUGCUCCUGAUACCCUGCUCUGAUGUCACUGCCCUGAUCCCCUGACCUGAUGGCACUGCUCUGAUGUCACUGUUAUGAUGUCACUGCUGUGAUCCCUUGCUUUGAAGCCCCCUCUUAUCCCAGCUUUUAAGUGCUGCACGCCUGCUCCAGAGUCUUCAGCUCCCAUCCUCAUUCCUCUGCCUUCCUCUCAUUAAGGCUGUUUGUUUACUGGUGCUAGGAGCUGCGUUUCACAAAGUCAGUUAAUAAACACUAUCACGCAUUCUAAAGACUGCCUCAUUUUUC